UUAAUAUCACUGGCAUAUGUAAAUUGUUAACUUUGUGGCAGCAGUACAAUGCAAUACAUGAUAAAUGUAGAAAAAACAGAAUUACAGUAACUAUAUAUGUAUAUUAAAUAGUUAAAUUAAGUAAACCAAAAAGAGAAAUAAAAAUUGUAGUAGUGUUCAUGGGUUCAAAGUCCAUUUAGAAAUCAAAUGGCAGAGGGGAAGAAGUUGUUCCUGAAUCGCUGAUUGUGUGCCUUCAGGCUUCUGUACCUCCUUCCUGAUGGUAACAAUAAGAAGAGGGCAUGCCCUCUUGUGUGAUAAUUACUGUUUGCAAGGUUUCUAUCACUCAAUUUACCUUAUCAUCGGGAAAGAUUUUCCUCCUCAUUCCCAAAUGUCUUAUAUUCAUUUCUACAUUGCUAUGUUUUAUUAAAGCAGGAAAUAAUGAUAAAUAAUUGUGUGUUUAUGCAUUACCUUUCACAUUGUAAAAUGUGUUCAAGUAUUUUGAGAAGUAAAUCCCUGUAAUAAUUCCAACCUAAUUCCCCAUAAAGGCUCUGCAAGAAGUGAAUGAUCUGUUUACUGGGUAAUCUACAUCUUAUCUGGUUAGUUUAAGAAUAAAUGUUAACAAGGAUGUUGGGGAAAUAAAAAUCACAUACCCUACAAUUAUAGUAGGGGAGCUUUUUGAGCAGAGACAAAAGCCAGUAAAAAUUUGGUCAGGGUGUAAGAUCAGAUGUUAAAUCCCUGGGGUUAAUUUCAUGCUGUCGAUCAAGAUGAGUUUCACGUCCAGCUUUCUCAGAACUAUGAUGAAAUAUCAGUCAAACCUUGGAAUGGAGGAAUUAAGCAAUAAUUGUCUGACUCAGCGUGACAAACCUGGGCUGAGUGAAUGGAAAGUGGCGUUAAUGCAGUUUGAACUCCGAGCCUCUAUCUGAAUUAUUACUUAUUUUAAUUUAUGCAGAAAUAACAGCGGUGCGAGGUUUCCAAUUGAAACGCUCCAGCUGUGUCUGUAGUUUGCCCAAAAUAACUUCAAAUCGCUUUAUACUAAAAAUGUGACUUUUUAAAGGGUCAAUGGAAGAAAUAUGAAGAUUCUAUUUUUAGUAAUUAGUUCAAACCGUGUGAUCAAUCUGUUCCGUAACAGGAAGUGAACUCUUCUCCAAACUAUGUUCAGAGCAAGGUGCAAUGCUAACUCCUAGAACAUUUUCUUACUGUUCUUUUUAAGGAAACCACGACAGGAACACUUACACCCUGUUGCGUUUCACACUUACUGCCUGAGUAUUAGACCUGCUGGAAACCUCUUAGUUCUAAAUUCAAGUUUAUUUUUCGAUUAAACCUGUUGCUAGUGUCAUUUUCAACUCGCCCCUCACAAAGUCAUCUUCCUGAAGGCAGCGGGGAUUAGCUCACGCAGCCGGAUUUGGAGCCCAGUGCGUUGGGAGGGAGGGAGGGAGAGGAUGUGCAAUUGCUACGUGUAACUCUCCCUCCGCCCCACUCUAGGUUGAUGCUGAAUUGCUAGCCACUAGAAUGUGCAAUCAAGUUGAAAGUAGCCUUUGAGAUUAGUGAUUUUUUUUUAAGUUGCACAAAUUCUGGUGAAAUUUUCACGACUGUUGAGCUGGUUUUGUCUGAGAGCGCCACUUUUAGCGGAACCAGCUUAACUCUGGAAUCGAAAGGUUUUUCUCUGCACUCAGCCCUCAAAACAAAAUCCUUUCCCUCUCCCGCCGAGCCCGGUUCUGCACUAACCAUGAGGAAUUUCCGCAGGCCGAAGUUCAUGAGUUCGCCCAGCCUCUGCGAGCUGGGCAAGAGCGAGCAGGCGGCCUUGGAGGAGCGAGGGACCCAGCAGAGACGCGCCGGCUCCAACGCCACCUGGAACAGCAUACAGAACGCCGUGAUUGCUGUGUUCCAGCGGAAAGGUUUACCUGAUAAUGAACUUUAUCAUCUCAACGAGGGGGUCAGGCAGUUGUUGAAAACUGAGCUUGGAUCUUUCUUCACAGAGUAUCUUCAGCAUCAACUGCUGACUAAAGGCAUGGUGAUUUUGAGAGACAAAAUACGAUUUUACGAAGGACAGAAAUUACUGGACACAGUGGCUGAAAUUUGGGACUUUUUCUUUUGUGACAUUCUUCCUAUGCUCCAGGCAAUAUUUUACCCUGUCCAGGGGAAGGAGCCCACUGUCCGGCAGAUAGCUCUGCUGCAUUUCAGGAAUGUAAUAACACUAAAUGUGAAACUGGAAGAUGCUCUGUCGCGCCCACGUGCAAGGGUCCCACCUUCAAUCAUUCAGAUGCUGCUUAUAUUACAGGGAGUUCAUGAAUCUAAGGGGGUGUCAGGCGAUUACCUGCGGUUGGAGUUGCUGAUACAGAAGGUGGUGUCUCCAUACCUGGGAACAUAUGGUCUACACAUGGGAAAUGAACAAAUUACACACUCGGCAUGUUUUCUGGAAAAGAAGUUCUUGCCACGUUGUUCCAAGUCAAAUGAACUUUUGACCAAGAACCCAGUGGUGCGUUCAAAGAGCUACAACAACCCUAUGCUAACACCUGUCGCAGAGUAUGAAAGCGAAGGGAGUCUGGUAAAUGGCACUAGCAUCAGAAGGCACUCUGUUUCAGAAAUGACCACUUGCAGUGAGUCUGAAGGCUACUUAAAUCCCUGCGUUACAAACCCCACUUUAGAUUCCAUGUCCAUUAAGACCAGCACAGCAAUGAGAAAUCAGUCUCCAGGAGAGAAGGAGCGGACCAGUAUGACAACCAUAAAUGAACUCCUCCAGUGCAAGACUUUGAGUGAACCCAUAAUCAGCCAACAGCAGGCUGUGUAUCACAUUGAGAAUCCAAGAAAUGCCCAGGAUAAUGCCUUUAAAUUGUCAAAUAGCCCCUCAAUGAUAGCAGCAACAUCAUCCAGUCCUGAAAGUGGAGUGGACAACAUUUUGGAAUCCGAGGGGAUUUUUCUUGACUUUGGUCAUAGGUGUUCAGAGUCACCAACCUACAACAGAGAGAUGAGCAGACAAAGUGUGGUGUGAUAUUAAGAAUGACUAAGCCAGUAACAUAAUAAUGCAAGAAACAAAGAACCACAACUGCAAUUGAGCUGUUGCACUGCAAGUUACUUAAUGAGGAAACAUUUUUCAGUUCAUUAAACUGAAGAAAAAGAACUUGUGAUAGCUGAUCUGAAUUUGAAAUAUGACUCCUAGAAUCUGUUGUUAAGAUUGCCGAUACGUAUGCCAGCAACAAAUUUGUUUGAGCCUGAGGCAUUGUGCUGUUAUGCAUACACUGAACACCGUCGUCAUCUCCAAACUGUGCAAAGAUGGGAGACAAAGGCCUCAUUUUAAAAUGUAUUGCUUUCUCCCUGUCUCAUUCAUCUGUGUCUUUGCAGUGAAGACAAGCUAAUCAAUGAGGAUCGCAGGUGCAUUUGUGUAGUACAACUCUAACAGAAUUGAGUUUAUUCUGAGUUAAUACUCGCACUAGAUUUGCACCUUGCUGCAAUUUCAGCUGAUGGCAGAAUUGAAAUAUACUUUAGCUCCAAGUGCCAGAAAGAGAUUAUUUUAAUGUAUUUUUAAAGAAAUUAGGACUCAGUGCGAUUAUUUUUUAAGUCCACAAUAUGAAUAGCAAUAUUGAGCAGUACAUCAAGCUUACCUUUUGAUUUAAAAAGCCAGAUGACAUUAACCAGUCUCGACAUGCAUUGAAUAAAGAGCAUUCAUUAAUCAUCUUCAUUUACCUAUUGUAAACAACAAAAAAUAUACACUUUUUUCAAUCAUUUCACAGUCAUCAGAUCUAAGACUUGUAAAUUUUUAAAUUCCCCUUGAUUUACUUAAUACAUUUAAGCAUAGCCUUAUUCACAUGCAAUUUAUAUCUACUGAAAUAAAUAAUAUUUGACAUUGUAAUAAAAUCUAUUGAACUGCAACUUGAGGCAACUUGGGAGAACAUCAACAUUUCUAUUUAAUUACCUGAGAAUGGGGCAUAACAGAAAUUUCAUAUGAAGAAUUCCAAGUAAGUGCUCCAAAACUCAAUUAGCCAUUCAGUAACCAGAGCAAAUGUAUUUUGUUGACACAUGCAGAUAUUUCUCUUCAGUUAACCUGAUGGAAGUGUAUGACAUUUUAUGUCAGUGCCCACAUGAGAAUGCAUUUGUCAUUUAAGUGUAACAUAAAAAUAGGUAAAGAAAGAGGGUGAAUCUAGACAUAGAUUUUCUCUGAAGUACUUUUCAAAGAAUUUCAAAAUGGGUCAGCUCAGACAAUGAAAUUGAUGCCUUACUACUAUAAUACCUAUUGCAAAGCAGAAUACCUGAAAACACAGUCAAAGUAGAAUCUGUGUAUUUAUUUAAGGCAGCCAGAUAUACAGGCCAAAGUCAUUGGUAGGGAUUAAUUUACUCUGAGAAAGGCUGCGAUUGAUUAAGGGUAGUUCACAUGCACUUGUUGGUGGAAGAUCCUGUCUGCUAAAUUUAAUUGAGUCUUUUUAUGGAUGAUAGAAAAGUGGUGAGCCACAGGGCCCUGUACUGUGCUGUGAUAUUCUAUGUCAUAAAAGCUGGUCUAAAAGGUUAGAGCUUGGCAAGUUGGAAAAUUCAAACGUGACAAAAGGUGAUGGUGGAAAGCGGUUUUUGUGAUGGAAACCCUGUGACCAGCGAUGUACUACAGGAAUCAAUGCUGGGACUUUUAGUGUUUGUUACAUGUAUAGAUGUGAAUGUAGGAAAUAUAAUUAUCAUGUUUACAGAAUGAUAUAGAAGUUAAUGCCAUUGAUAGUGAGAAGGAGACACAAUAGGCUCCAGAAUGACAAUGUCAGCUGGUAAAUUGGGCAGGCAAUGGCAAUGAAAUUUAAUGAGCUGAUGCAGUUUGGAGAGGGAUCAAAUAAGGAUAGGAAAUGGACCAGGAAUAGUCAGGGCCUGGGAAUUACUGGGGAACAAAGAAUUUAGUGUACAAGUCCAAAGAUUCCUGAUGGCGUAGUGCAGUUAUGCAAGAUAGUAAAAAAUGCACAAGGUAUCCUUGCCAUCAUUAGUUGAGCAUAGAAUAUAGGGAACUACUGUAUAUAAACCAUUGGUUAGGCCACUGCUGGAAGAUUAUUGUGUCUUUCUGGUUGGAACACUAUAGAAAAGUCAUGACUGUUCUGGAGAGGGUGCAGAGGAAAAUGUUUAAGCAUGAAAAAUAUAAUUUUCAAAGAUAGCCUGGGUUUGUCAUCCUAUCAGCAAAGGAGGUCAAGGCAGAAUCUGACAAGAUAUACAAGAUUAUGAGAAGCAUAGAUUUGGAUAGAUCAUACAAAAUUGCUGCCAAAGACUUGGGUUUUAAGGUGAGAACUAACUGGUUUAUAGGGGAUCUGAUGAGGGUGGAGGCAACCUGCAAGACUGCCUGAGAAAGUGGUGGAGGCAGGUACUCUCGCAACACUUAGGAAAUAUAUGGCCAAGCACUGGAAUUAUCAAUGUAUAGUUGGCUACAGACCAAAUACUGGUAAAUACAAUUAAUACAAAUAAGUGUUUGAUACAGUGGGCCAAAGGGCCAGGUUCUGUACUAUUUGAAUCAAUGACAAAUAAGCAGUUGUUAAAACAGUAGUUAAUUCUGUGGAUUCUGCAUAGGGCGAUGUUUACCUUCUUCACAGAUGAAGCAAUUUAUCAUCUCAUCCUUCUGUGAAGGUUCUGUAUUCAAAGCUGUGAUGAGGCAAGCCUCAUCAUUACUUUUGUUCAUAAAGGACAUCUCUAAAGCAGUGUAUUCAUGUUUGUAUCAACAGUUUUAUUCAAUGGUCAUCUCUUUUGUGCUACCCCCUGUGAGGGUGUUGAUUGAAGUAUCAAGCACCUCAGCCAACUAAUUCACUUUAAACAACUCCAAUACCUUUACCAUGAAUAGAUGGCAGUAAGAAUCUCAAGCUGCCAAAUCUGAUAAUAGUAACCUUACCAUAACUUUAAUUAACUCAGUGCAGGCCGGAGUUCAAACCAGAAACAAAUUUAUAUGGUUCAGCAGCUGACUGGCUGGAAUUCACAUAACUGAAACUGGCCACAGAAUAUUGACGUCGCUGUUGAGCCCAGAUUGUACAGGUGUACACUUGGAUUCAUGUUUUUUUAUUGUUUGUUAUUUUGUUUUACUGCAUUAAAGAUACAUAACCUAUCAUACACCCUGUACUGUAAAAUUAUAUUGCAAUAAAUAAAUGUGGUAGAAGCUAGUCAACAGACACUUAACAAAAACAUUAGUUUAAAGAAGAGCUAGACACCUUACAUGACAGGUUACACUAUUUAGGUAUUAAAAUACUGGGGUCUGUGGUGCAUCUGCUUUCCUUACUAUGAAUGUACUCUUAUGUGACUGACAUCUAUUUACAAUUGUAAACUGUUCUGCAAAAUUGAUAAAAUGCCACAAUUUGACUGGUGAAGAUUAAUGAACAGUAAAGCUUAAUGGCAUCCAUUUAAGAAUUGCCUAGUUGAUUUAUACAUUGUUUAAGAAAUAUAUAUAUAUAUGUCAUGAAGUUGCAAUGAGAAUCCAUCUGCAUUAUUUAUGUUUCAUCAAGCUAGAAUGAAAACUUGUUUAGGAUUGUUACAGUUCAUGAUGAAUUUUUAUUUAAAAAUGCCUGCACUGAUCACUAUACUAAUUUGCUGAUGUUAUGUCAGUGUUUAUCCUCUCAGAUGUGGUUUAUUUUGAGUGUACAUUUAUGUGGGCAACUGCUACUUUGCCAUUUAUUUGUGAUCAUUCUUCAGAGUAUUAAGUGCAGUUUUCCAUUAGGGGAAUCUUAAUAUAGGCACAGCAUUUCCUGCACUGGUUCUUGUAUAGCAUAAAAAAAACAAAUAAUAAAAGGCCCCAUGGCCUCACAGUUCCAUUUGGCAAGAUCGAGACAUUCAAAUCUACCCAAACAGCAGGCAUUCAAUUUAUAAUUUGCACAUAGUAAUUGAGAGGUUAACAACUGACCUGUUUUUUUUUUACUACUUAUUUACAAGAGUAUUUCAAAACUUACCAUACUUUAUAUGAAGAAUUGUUUCUUAAUUUCAUCUCUGAAAAGACCUGUUCCUAAUUUCUACACCAUGUGCUGGUGCUAAACUGCUUAAGGGGUGAAAGUACAAAAGAUAUAGAUAUAGAUAAUGAGCAGUCACAACAUUUCUCUCCUAAGCCCAAGGAAACUGGAAUAAAUUAAUGUACCAGUAUGACAGAGAAGGUGUUAAUUAAACACUAAGAACUUUUCAGUAACUUCUCCCACUUAAUAUUAUGUUUUGUUGAUCUUAAUUUGAUGAAUACUGAUGGAUUGCCUGGAAAAUGUGAUAUUUGAGCAAGCAGGUUGUCAGUUGAAAGACCAUCUUUUGUUAAAGCAUUACUGAAACAUUCUAACAAUAUAGUAAAGUGUAUAGUACUUAAAUGAAAAAUUAAGGAAUUAAUGCAAGCUGCGCAAAAUCUGAGACUACCCUUGUGCAUCCACCAUGUGUCUGAAGGAUGAAUCUACUGAGGACCUAGACAUGAUCAGAGACAAGACAGUAAGACAUAAGAGCAGAAUCAGGUUAUUCGAGUCUGCUCCACCAUUCCAUCAUGGCUGACUUAUUAUUCCUUUCAACUCUGCUUCCUUUCACACUCUUACUAAUCAAGAACCUAUCAGCCUCCACGUUAUACCCAAUGACUUUGCCUCCACAGCCAUCUGUGGUAAUCAAUUCCACAGAUUCACUAAACCUCGACUACAGAAAUUCCUCCUCAUCUCUGUUUUAUUAGAGGGAUGUCCCUUUGACUAACUAACCUAAUAACCUGUACAUCUUUGGAACGUGGGAGGAAACCAGAGCACCUGGGUGAAACUCAUGCAGUCAUGGGCAAAACGUAAAAACUCCUUCCAAGCAGCGGCAGGAACUGAACCUGAGUCGUUGGUACUGUAAAUAGCAUUACACUACCAUGCAGCCCAAAUAUUUUUUUUGAAAGUCUCUGAAUAAAUUUUUACCUUAAUCUGA